AUGGACCCAGUCUCGCUGACGCUCGCGGUUCUGCCGCUGUUAGGGGCCGCAAUCAAGACUUACGGUGCGCUGCGUCAGAAAUUGAAGAUAUAUGGCCAUUAUGCACGGGAAAUCCGCCGUGUCCGCAAACAGGUGGAGCGACAACAGCAAUUCUUCCAUAACGAGGGCGAGUCACUCAAGGAUGCUGUGCGUCGCCUUCGUGACAGAGUCAAGAUCACCUGGAAUAAGUCGAACUUCGAUAGCUCCAUUGCAGAUCUGCGGUCCUUCAAUGACGAUCUACGACGGCUCCGGGAGCAGGCUGAGGAACUCCAAAAGCCCAGGAAGCAAUUAGAGAGCACACAUACCCGCCUGAAACCCGAAUAUGGUAGCUAUGGGACGGUUCGACGCGCGUCGAGAGCUGUCCAUCUUGCAUUGGCAAUGGCCUGGUCCAAGCCUGCGCGGUCAUGCUCUGCUGCAAGUUUACGGCACAAGGUGAAGCUUUUUAUAGACGCCAAGGUCGAGGACCAAGUCCAUAUGGAUAUGGCACUCUUGUGCUACGGGCAUGAUUCUAGCGCAUGGAAUCAAACCCAACCUAGCGUAACAAGCUUCCAGGUGCGGUCACGAGUCAUCGACUGGAUGGAGUCAGGUGUCAACACACCUCCACGCUCAGAUGAUGGGCGUCAAAAGCGUCAGAAAGUUCGCUUCCAAGAUGACUGCACAGUCACCCGGAACUUGAUGGCCGCAGAAAGUCCGGUUCCGUUGCUGACGCCCGAAGACUCGGGACUUUCCACGAACUCGGAUGACCUAUCGGGAAAAGACAUAUGCUCGACCUUGUUCUUGAACAGAUCAUGCCAGGUCUCCAAUUCACCUAACCGAUGUCUAGGGUUCCUCGACACAUGUUCUGAAGAGACCUUUAGGCACUUCUUCUACCCUGACACUGACCCGCAAAGACUACAAGCAUGUCAUCCUGCCCCCAUGAGCCAGGCACUGGGAUAUCCGAUGGAGCAUUCCCUAUCGAUUGUCGACCAGCUUCGACUCGCUCGCAACCUGGUUGCAGCAGUCCUGAAAUUCCACUCAACACCUUGGUUGGGUUCUUGCUUUGCCCUGGCCGAUUUAUCAUUCUUCCAAAUAGGAUCUGAGCUGAGCAAAAGUCUCCGGACCCUGCAUUUCAGUACGGAUUUCGUAUAUAAGGAGACUCUUGCGCUAGAGCCGCCAUCUAUGGAGGGGAUCGAGUCAUCAUGCACACCGGGCACCUUACUAGAAGCAUUUGAAGAGGCUAUGCUCCAAUAUGGUAUCCGAAACUUGACCCUAUGGAGCCUCGGCACGAUUCUCCUCCAGAUCGGGCGCUGGUCUCAAGUUGAGUCACCAGACGAUGUUGUGGCCAUCCGAAAGCUGGCGUCACAAACCUCUACUCUGGGUCCUCGGUAUCAGCAGCUGACAGAGAGGUGCUUGUAUUGUGACUUCGGCUAUGGGUUCGACUUGUCAAAGCCGCGCUUGCAACAAGCGGUAUACGAGAAUCUGGUUUGUGAACUCAAUGCUAUGAUAGACAGUUUGAAGAUUGAUGAUCACUGA